AGCUUAAACACCAAAUACAGACCACUAAAGAAGGAAAAGAACUCAACCUUACAUUCCAAUUGGUCUAAAAAAUAUUCCCAACAAAUAAAAUCUGAAAAAAAGCAAAGGCAAGAAAGCUUUUUUAAGUAUAAAAUGAAUUGAUUGGUGGUGCAUUUGUUUUUCUUUGUUAUAUUAUAUUAUAUGAAGAUGAAUAAUACUUAUAAAGAUUUGCAUAAUCUGACAGAGAGAGCAGGGAUUUUACAUGAUAAAAUCACUGAAAGAAUUUAUAAUGAAGGAUUACAUUUCUGUAGAGAUUGUGCUGAACAUGGUCGUUACUGUGGAAUUGCAGACCUUAGAAUAGAAGAUAAGGAGAAAUUGAUUGCCAUUCGAGACUCGUUGAAGGAAAUUCAGAACAUGCUUGAGUUCUACCAGACAUUACAGUCGCGGCAGCAGAGACUAUACAAUGGAGCAGUUGCCCGUUUGGAAGAAAGCAGAAUGCUUCUGCUAGAAAAAAUAAACAAGUAUCCAACAUGGGGAAGUAAACUAGUCUUAAUUGAAGAAUUAAGAGAGUGUUUAGUUGAAGGAAAAGUUGCAUUUUCUGAGAAUUUGGCAGAAACAAAAGAGAAACAGAUUCAAGAUAAGAAAAAAAAGAAUAAAAAUUCAAGUUUCUUGGUCAUUUGCAUAAGAGGUUUAUUCAAUCCGCGGAACUGGUUUCGUACUACAAGAAUUGCUGCCGUAGCGUUGAUCGUUGCUUCUGCUAGCAUUUCUUCUCCAUUUAACUUGUACAAGAACAAGCUGCAAAUUAAGGAAAACAUAUCUGUAUCAAGAAUGAAGAUUGACUAUCCACAUUGCCAACUAGCUGUUUCAUAUGGAAAGGGAUGAUAUUUUUUAUUACAAUCAUAUUUUAGCUGAUCACAUUUCGUUGGAUACCUAGCUGAUUGGGUUGUCUAAACAGACAUUGUUAGUAGAUGUACAAACGAGCCGUAUGGAUACUAGCUGAUCGGGUUGGCUACAUUGACAUUGUUAGAAGAUGUACACACGAGUCGUAUGGAUACUAUCUGAUCAGGUUGGCUACAUUGACAUUGUUAGAAGAUGUACACACGAGGCGUAUGGAUACCUAGUCAAUCAAAUUUGGAUUGGAAGAUCAUCGGGAUAGAAUGCCUGGUGCGCAUGUUUUCAAAUGCAUGUAUAGCACUGAUUUUCAGUUAUAGAUGUGAUACAUAUUACAGAUUCAGAUAUAGUCAAGAGUACAGAUUUAGAUGUGUAUUUCUAAAAUAUAAUACAGUAUCAGAUAUAGUUUCAAAACAAUUUCAGCUAUCGUUAUACAAGAGAUAUCCACUAUUAAAUUU